GGGGCCGGGGGCCUUCCUCUGCGCGGCGCGGGGCGGCGGCGCAUGCGCGGGGCGAGGGUGACAUUGAGGCGGCGCCAUGUUGAGCAGGGUGCUGGGGCCGCGCUACGCGCAGCUGCUGCAGAACUGGACUCCCACCCUUUUCACGUGGGGUGGUGUAGCCGGUGUCGGUGUAAUAUGGAUCACAGACUGGAAGCUCGUCCUGCAGUAUGUGCCCUACAUCGGUGGCAAGUAUAAAACUGAAGACUAAGCUUCCCUCUAACGGAAAUUUAUCACUGGAUUGAGUGUGUUGGAGCCAUCCGUCCGCUGAGACCUGCUUUGAGGUGAACUUGAAAUGCCUGGUACAGAUUCUGCGGUGGGCUGUCACAUCCCGCUCUCUGCCAUGAGCAGUUGUGGCCACUUGGUUGUGAGGGGGUUUUACUUCACGUACCAGCCUGCCUAGUGCUCUUCUCAUCACUUCCACAGCUGGUCUUGGCCUAAUGCAAGUGAUUUGUAAAGCUGAUGUACAAAAUAAACCACAUGAAUGAUG